AUGAUGGAGCGAACGUACGGCCGCCGCAAACCGGGGAUGGUACGGACUUUCUCCGACUCGUUAACCGACGACGUUUCUCGGGUGGAGUAUCUCUCUUCGUCUUCGUCACCGGAAAUCGAGCCGCGUGAUUUCUCCGGUUUCCCUUUCUCCAGUCAAGACUCAUCCUCUCUCUGGAAUCCUUCUUCUUCAAGAUCCAAUUUCCUGGACGAUGAUUUCUCUCAGAAUGGCGGCGGCGGAAGGAGGGCUAAGAGACCCAGAAACGGCGGAGCGUUCGGAUUGACUUCGACUUUGUUGGAAACCCAGGAAUUCGGCGAAUUGAUGGAGAACGAGGACGAGGUUAAUUUCGCACUUGAUGGGUUGAAGAAAGGGCAUCAAGUCAGGAUCAGAAGAGGUGCACUUUCGUCUCUACUGUCGAUUUGCGCAUCACAAUAUCAGCGACGCUCUUUGAGGGCUCAAGGGAUCUCACAAUCUAUAAUCGAUGCGAUUUUGGGUCUGAGCCUUGAUGAUAUACCAAGCAAUCUUGCUGCAGCUACUCUCUUCUUUGUGCUAACUGCUGAUGCUCAAGAUGAUCACUUUAUGGAGUCACCCAACUGCAUCGAGUUUUUGAUAAAGCUGUUGAAACCUGUGGUUUCCGUCAGUGCUAAAGCGAAGCCGCGGAAUAUAGGAUCUAGGCUCUUAUCAGUGAUCAAGGAUGUAGAUGCAGCACGUGAUGCAGCCAGUUUGCAUGAUUCAAGCUCCUGUGAUGUACUGUCCAGAGCUCAUGAGGUUCAUGCUAGUUGCAAGGAGUUUCGAUUGAUUGAUGGGUAUGAGAUUGAGAAGAUGAGGCCUGAGCUAAGUACGAAAUGGGUAGCUUUGUUGGCUAUGGAAAAGGCGUGCUUGUCUAAAAUCUCUUUUGAUGAUACCUCUGCUACUGUGAAAAAGCCUGGAGGAAUGAUGUUCAAGGAGAAAUUGCGAGAACUUGGAGGACUUGAUGCGGUCUUUGACGUUCUUAUGGAUUGUCACGCAGUAAUGGAGCGCUGGGUGGCUUAUGACACUCUCUCUGCCCAGGAUGUAAAAGAUGACCUGAAUAAGCAGAGUCUGAUGUUGCUUCUGAAAUGUCUGAAAAUCAUGGAGAAUGCUACCUUCCUCAGCACAGAAAACCAGAAUCAUUUGCUCAGAUUUAAUAAAAGUAUGGGUUCUCAUGGAUCUCGACUGUCUUCCACAGAGCACAUAAUCAGUAUCAUCAAGAUGCUUUCAGGUCUUCAGUUACGUGCUCUCAGGAACGAAAAGCAACCCUAUCCCCACUGUGCAAAUGGUGUUAUUCAAGAGUCUAUUUCGGGAGCAGAUUGUAAAGUUAACAAGGAGGUUGUGACAAUUACUUCAGCUGCUUGGUCUAUCACUAGCUGUAGCUCCAUGAGAAGUGGGAGCGUAUCUAAGAGAGAUCAAUCUGCGUUCCUGUUAGAUUGCUCAGGGUCUCAAUCAAGUGUAACAUCAAUAAAUGAUCCAUGCACGCUCAAGACUAGAGCUGGUUCCAACACUGGGUCGUUUGCAGGCAGAUUAGCCUCAUUGGGUAGUGGCAUCUCCAGAAGCAAUGCAAGGACUAGUGAAGUUAGAGAACCCAGUUGUAAAAAAGUUGAAACUUUUGCACCCUUGGAGGAUAGUGAAGAUCCUUUUGCAUUUGAUUUUGAAGAUUCAGGACCUUCCAAAUGGGCAGUAGUAUUAGGAAAGCAAAAGAAAUCUAAAGCUCAAAAGAGGAAGAAAAGCUACAGAGAUAUUGAGGAUGAUCAUUCACAUCAGCUCUUCUCGAGCCUGGAGGAAUCAAAACAGGGGUUAAAUUCACAGGAAAAAUCAAGUGAUAGGGAUCGUCAUAUAAUAGAGGAACCUUCUUCUACAUAUGACGUUGAUCAAGAAUGUCUCUGUCUUUUAUCCGAUUGCCUUCUAACAGCCGUGAAGGUUUUAAUGAACUUAACAAACGAUAAUCCCGUUGGUUGUCGGCAAGUUGCUGCCUGCAGAGGACUGGAGAGCAUGGCUGAAUUGAUUGCUGGACACUUCCCUUCCUUCACCAGAUCUCCCCUUUUCAGUGAGAUGGAAAUGCCUGGGACGUGCCACCAGAAAGAUAAACAUCUCACAGACCAGGAAUUAGAUCUUCUUGUUGCCAUUUUGGGGUUACUGGUAAACUUGGUUGAGAAAGACGGAAUCAACAGGUCACGGCUUGCAGCAGCUAGCGUUCCAAUCACCACCAAUCCAGAAGGGUUGGAAGAGAGUGAACAAGACAUGAUUCCUCUUUUAUGUUCAAUCUUUCUCACCAAUCAAGGAUCCGAUGACACGAAAGAAGAAACGACUACUUUCACUUUGGACGAUGAAGAAGCUGUUUUACAAAGCGAAAAGGAAGCAGAAAAGAUGAUCGUGGAGGCAUAUUCUGCCCUUUUGCUCGCAUUUCUAUCCACAGCAAGUAGAAGUAUACGCAAUGCCAUCAGAGAUUAUCUCCCAAAACGCGACCUUGCAAUUCUAGUACCCGUCUUGGAUAGAUUUGUGGCUUUUCAUACAACACUGGACAUGAUCCCUCCAGAGACUCAUAAAGCAGUGAUGGAAGUCAUCGAGUCUUGCAAAUUGCCAUAG